CCAGACCGAGGAGUUGACGCCGAGAAGCUCACGAGACCUCUCACUGAGUGCUGGACGGCUCGUGCAGGGUGCAUGUCUGUCUGAGCUCGCGCUGUAGUUUGUUGUAUGCGUUUAUGAGCAGGCGUCGCGCGCUCCUGGAGUAACGUGUCUUUGGUUCAGCACUGUAAGGAGUGAUGGUACCGGACACGCCUGAUCUUCACUUCUCCAGCUGAGGCCAUUGAGAAAGCAAACCCUGCAGCAUCAUGGCUGAGGUGUGGGGACAGAGGAGCUUGCUGGGCGUCGGUGUGGUGUUGGCCUGGCUGGCGCUGUUCCACCUGCUGGUCAACAUCUGGCUGCUGUGUGUCUUCACCAGCCUGCUCUUGGUGCUCUGGGGCUGGCUUGGUUCGCAGACUGUUAUUGAGUCCAACAGUGUGAUUCACCUGGAGAGGUUUAUCACCUGGGAGCAAAUUCCAAAGUCUGAGAAGGAUGAAAAUGAUCUGGACCAGGAGAUCCACAACACAGUGAAGAAAAUCAUCAGAGACUUUGUCACCUCCUGGUACUCCACUGUGUCCUCCGAGAGUGCUUUUGAAACAGAGAUUGAAGAAGCCAUGAUCUCCAUGGCCAUGAGGCUGAAACUGCGAGCAAGAACAGCUGACAGGAAGGAACUGACCCAGAGGGUCCUCGAUCUGUUCGGCUGCCAUCUGCAGGACUACAUGAAAGCCAAGGAGCUGGUGACCGAGCAGCAGGUGUCUCUGAGAGCUAAUGGGAGCAGCGAGAACGAGCAGCUGUGGAAGGCUUAUUCCAGCAUCAGCACCCCUCACCUCGCCGUGACCAGCGCAACAGUGGAAGUCAACUAUGUGAGAGCAGUCGCAGACUUGCUGCUGCACGUUUUAGUGCCUUCACCUCACUUGGAAACGCGCACUGGACGGUUUGUGGUUGGAGAGCUGAUAACCUGUAAUGUCCUGCUGCCUCUCGUUGCCAAACUGUCGGACCCUGACUGGUUAAACCUCCUCAUACUUAAAAUAUUUGUCAGCCAACCGCCAGAAACAACAGAAUCACCAAAUUCAUCCCCGCUCCUACCCUCUCCACCUAAUGACCCAGAGGUCGCUCCAGCAUCGCAGGCAGCACAUGUUCCUCAAAAGAACAGCGACGUUCCUCCGCAGAGAGCGGAAAAGAUUAAUCACACAGAGACUGCCACGCCCACGCCCGCUGCCUAUGAUGUGCCCGACUCCGCGGAGGCGGAUUUUCCACAACACAGCGCAGAAGAAGAUGAAACUGUUCGACCCUUUUUAAGGCGCUACACAAGAGGAAGCAAGUCAAACCCAUUUUACCAGGAAAAUGACUCUGACCCGGAUUCUCCUUUGGCUGAUUUUAAACGCAGUUCCAGCGAUUCUUUGGUCAUGAUCGGACAAGAUGAGGGUCUGGAUGACAGUAGGAAAGAUUGCGCCACAUCUGUUGAGACCAACUACGGGUUGGAUUUGGAGGAUGUUUGCCACAGUCCAGUGGAUGGCCAAACCAAAUUCCUGCUGAGUUCAGAAUCGGAGGAGCAGACUAAUGGCUGUGUCCUGCCAUCGCUCAGCACAGCAGAGGGGGACUCCAGUAUCAGCAGGAUUCAUUCCUUGGAGAGAGAAGGCAGUUCCCCUUCUAUAAUCGCCAACAGAGGCCUUCUUAUAGGCGCAGAGCAGACUGGGGUAAUGAAUCCUAAUGAGCUGAGUGUUGUCAGUACAUUGCAGUGCUGUUCCUCUGUCCCCACGUUCAGUUUUGAGCCCCUCAGCAGCCCCGAGGGACCCGUCAUCAUCCAGAACCUCCGCAUCACUGGAACCAUCACGGCUAAGGAGCACCGAGGCACCGGCUCGCACCCCUACACACUUUACACCAUCAAAUAUGAGACAGCAAUGGCUUGUGAGAACCUGGGAAGCAUCCAGGCAGGCUUUGAGGAUGCAGAAACCGUACAGACGGGCUGUGAGAAUCCAACUUCUGCUCAGUCUGUAGCCUAUCACACAGUCAACAGACGCUACAGCGAGUUCCUCAAUCUGCAGACACGACUGGAAGAAAAAACAGAACUGAGGAAACUCAUCAAAGGCGUGAAAGGUCCAAAGAAAAUAUUUCCAGACAUGCCGUUUGGAAACAUGGACAGUGAUAAGAUAGAAGCCAGGAAGGGCCUCCUGGAGACCUUUCUAAAACAACUGUGCGACAUCCCUGAAAUAGCCAACAGUGAGGAGAUGCAGGAAUUUCUCGCUCUCAAUACAGAUGCCAGGAUCGCCUUUGUCAAGAAACCUUUCAUUGUGUCACGCAUAGACAAGAUUGUGGUGAAUGCCAUCGUCGACACCCUGAAGACGGCGUUUCCUCGCUCAGAGCCUCAGAGCCCCACAGAGGAUAAUGAGACUGAGGUGGAUGGAGGCAAAAUAGGUGCCGAUAAGAAGACCAGAUCUCGUCUGAAGUUCUCCAGUAAAAACGUUCCCUGUAUGAAUGGCUCAGACAUGAGACCUCCAGUUCUGUUCAGUAUGGAGGAGACCAGCACAAUGUUUAAUGGGAUGUCUCUGGGAUAUUUGCAAGCCUUUAUCAAUGAACAGGAGAAACAGACCAUGAAGGAUGAGACAGAGAGAGGGACCUGUGCAGGAUUAAGAGAAUUCGGAGGCCAUCUGGAUCACAGGAAGAGUCGGGAACACGGUAUCGGCUUUGGAUCUGAGAUGGCGCUGGCUGAGGUAGCUCUGAACAUCCUGUGUUUACUGAUGAAGGAGCAGUGGAGCUGGCUGUGCAUGGAAAACAUUCAGAAGACCAUCAGACUUGUGUUUGGGACCCUUAUUAACAGAUGGCUUGAUGUGAGUGUGUCCAACCUCACAUGUACCAGGUACUGGGUGGUGUACCUGCAGGUCAUCCAGGAGGCUGUGUGGCCCGGUGGAGUUUUGCCAACUGCCCUGGUGUUUGAACGCAGCCAGCAGCAAAAGGAUGACACCAAACAACAAGCUUUACGCUGUCUGAUGAGACUCUUACCAGAUCUGGUGUCAGAUGUGUUGGGCUCAGAGAAGUACAGACUCAGCUGGCAGACUGUUCUGGACUCUUUUCAGGACCCCCACAUCAACAGACACCUGGUGUACUGCAUAUUUGAUCUGCUGCUGGAGUUCUUGGUUCCUGAAAUACCUGAAGAAAACUUCCAAAGAAGCCUGCUGCAAACGCUCUGCAAGAACCCAGAGAAGCUACUGGCAUGAGGAGACGCAUGUAAACCCACCUUCUAUCAUCUUAGCUCGUCUCAUCUACAACUCCCAGCAGUGUGACAGCAAGGCUGAUAUCAUGUUCUGCACUGAGAGUGUGAGUGGGUGAUUUUGGUCAAGCUGCGUCUCUGUCACCCCGACUCAGGUCGACUAAGAUCUGUGUCUGAUUAUGUGUUGAUGUAGCGACAUAUGAUACGAUGUUCUUGAACAUGGUGUCCUGGACACACGCGCGCACACACACACACACACACACACACACACACACUACAUUUGAAACAGAUGUGAUUACAUGAGAGCACCUGGUGUGUGUUUGAUCUCACAGUGCACUGUUCAGAUCUAAACAUGUGGUAAAGCCUCCUGUGAUAUCCACUUCCAGCCUCUUCCUGUCUGCUAAAUACCCCAGAUUUCAUUAAACUCCCUUCAGAUGGUCUUCACACCCUGCCCUUAUUCCCCUCCACGGUCUUUUGGUAGAAAAGCUUAAGAAGCAGGAUUGCUUCGUCCUUUUCCACUUAAGCCUCACAACACUCUCUCAGAGUCGCUGUAUCAGCUCGUUUCUGACUCAUCCUUCAGUAUCGCUCCGGAUCUGUACAGAGCCACACAUGUGAUUGUUACGUUAUACAUCUGGAUACAGUCUAACCUCUAAGUGAGGUGAAGGGUUGGACAGAUGAUGUUUUACGUCACAGUCCUUUAACAGUUGAUGCCUACAUAACAUAAGAAGAGUCGGCACAAAGACGGAAGGAUGGAAGGAAGAAAUGAAGGAUGUAGGAAGUGUCUUGGCCUAGAUCCAUUUUAAUGUCUUGCUUUAGUCUUUGCUUAAAUUGCAGAGCUUGAAUUACUAAUUAACCAGUUUUCCUAAAGAGUUGAUACAAUAUUUCAUUACUCAACUUUUCCUUUGAUCUAUGUACGCUGAUGACUGAUGAGUUACCGCUGCAUUGAGGCAACAGUUCUGCACUUGUUCCCAGCCUGUCAGCAUAAAUAGAACAAGCUGUUUGCUGGGGUCCAUCGUACGUUCUGACAGUUGAUUUUCCAAAACAGCAGAACGUCAGUAAAUACUGACCACUGUGUAUUUAAGGGUCAUUCAUUCUCUGGAUAAGAAUGUGCCGGCUUGUAGUCUUUAUGUGUAGGGUGUCCAACGUUGCUUUGUGGAGUACAAGGUUGAGAUCUGUCCAAAGUUUAAUAUCACCUCGGUGUCUGAUGAGCAUCCUCGCUGUGAGUGACUUCUUUAUGUACUGUCACACUGAGCUAUUUCAGGAAACCUUUCACAAACUGUGCACGUAGGUUUCUUUCUUUGUAACGACAAACUUUUCAGCUGUGAUCAGUCCGUCCCUCGCACACACUGAGUUGAUUCUUUUUAGGGAUUAUCAGUUUAGGUUGUCAACCACAGACUAUAUGUGGAAGAUGGUCUUGAUUAAAGUGAACCUUGAAAAAGAAAGCAGCACCUUAAACCUAAGCACAUUAAUAGCCAGCAGGUGUACGCUCCUCAGGUUGGCUUUAAAGACGUUUGUGAGAAAAUGGUGUUUUGCUUUGUUCAUCCUGAUCACAACUUAAUACUUAAUAAGUGUGCAGUGUCCCCUGUUUUUGUAGUAAGUUGUGUCUGGUUUCAAAACGUGAAGUCUACAUCCACCAAAACUACAGUCUGAGCAUAUUUAAAGUGUAGAUACAGUUCAUUAUACUUCCUGGAGGUGUAACCAUGUUUAGGAAUGUUCAUCAAAUAACCUGCAGCAGCUCAUCGUGCCUCUCACAUCAGCUGGUUUCCAUCCAUAGCGACACAAGUUCUUUGAGAAGAUCAGUGAAUAAAUGCUCUUUACUGUCAUCAUCUGUCACACAGAUAAUGGACCUGUGGAGGUUUCCUGUGCUGUCUGACUGCAGGUCCUAGUUGAUGACACAGCUGAUAGCACCUCUCACCUCUGUCAUCUUCCACACAGAUGCAGCUAGUUUUGUCUGUCGUGGAACAAAAAUGACCCAUCUUUGCACUUUGCCGUGUUUUACUUAGUGUCCCUAGUUUUUUGUGGAAUGGGGCUGAAUCAGUUACAGCGACUAAAAACCCAAACUGAUCAACGGCAACAUGAAACCCAACUAAUGUUGUGCAGCUCCCCUCCCCACCACCGGAACAGCUGUGACUCAUCAGGGAUGUGGGAACUGGACCUGUGGAGGUUUCCUGUGGUGCCUGUGUGCAGGUAUUUGGUCCUGUGGGUGUACUGCAGAUAUUCAGUCAGAUCUGUGAAAGGUUGGAAGCUUGGCUCCGUGUUUAGUGUUGUCCUGCUGACAGAGUGCUUUAGCUGCUCUACAUGAUACCCAUAUGGAUGCUGGGACCCACGGUUUCCCUACAGAACAGUGUACUGUACAAACCUCAUCAGCUUAUAGACUUCAGCAAGUUUCACAUUUUUAAUUUUCAGGGAUUUUCUAUUGUGCACUCUGCAAAUGUUCAUAAAGACGCGUCUUGAGCUAGUAUAUAUGACCUUGUUGCAGACCUGCCUGAUGACCAUGAAGUGAUGCUGGUAACCCUCCCAUGAGAGCUGUAGCACAUGGUCUGCAGUCACUUUGAACAUGUUGUUGAAAGUUCUGGCACCUUUAACGGGCAGCCUUAGCGUCUCACGAUCACAUAGAAAUAUUACAGUUUCUCGAAGCGUCCUUAUGAACAAUGUUACAGCACUUCAUUUGUUGUUACCCUCCCGUCUUAUGUUGAGCACAUCAAAUGUGACUGAAUCUGCACAUUCGCCUUGUUACAAACUGAGAUGUUGUUGUGUUUUGCACUCAUGUCCUUGUGAAGUUGUAUCAGUCUUGUCUUAACGUCCUGUCUUUCCUUUCUAUGAUAUUAAUGUGUCACUAGGUGUAUUUAUGAAAUUAUUUAUCUGUGCCCAUAAAAUCGAGACAGAUGUGCCAGUGACAGAGACGACAGGCCUGUGCUCUCAAGUGCUUUUAUGUCUCUGUCCUGCCUUACAGUGUGAAUCUGCAGUGGAGCCAUGCCUCAGCACAGCUCUCUGUACUGAAACACUUUACAAGCUUUGUGUUUUUUAACUGUGUCAGACUCUGCUGAGUGCUGUGAAGGAUGGAACAGCAUAUUAUCUUCCUGCUGUUGCUGCAACCGUGACAAAACUGAUCAGCGUAAUUACAGAUGCUCUUCUUUCUCAUUGUAUAUGCUUUAUCAUAAUGUUUUAUUAUGAUUUUACUAAAUCAAUAUGUCUCAUCAAAACAAGCUCAAAUAACAUUUGAUGUUAGCAUGUUAGCCAUUUUUAGGUAGUUAGCAGCUAUUAGCGGUGUAACGUUUACAGCAGCUGGUCCAGCAAAAGAAAAGUGUGUUUCUCUAAGAAUGAAGACGUGCUGUUCUACGUGGGAGUGAUAGUAGAAUAUCUCACACAUUAAACUGAGUAGAUGUGCAGAGAAGUCCUGAUGUCGGCCAGGCUACAGUGUUCCUCUAACCCCUGUAAGCUCUCAGCCUUUCACAGAAAGCAUUUUCUCAAAGCUUACUGCCAGUUUUCUAAAAUAAAUAACUACACGCUGUGGGCUUUACAUACAUGAUGGUAAAUGAGACAUGUUUCCCAAUAAUAAAAAGGUUUUAAUAUAAGAAGAUAUGGAGCCAUGAGUGUCAUGUGAAAAAAUGAAUUACCAGUCAGAGUCAAUGCUGUAAAUACUUUCACGACAAAUCAGUGAUGCUGAGUGACGCUAGGGAAACAGGAAGGUCCUAAUAUGGUCAUCUGUGAGCACAGCAGCCAAAUUCACUGCUGUUCAGAGCUUCAGUUCCUGAGGGAAGAAGAUGGUUGGUUUGAAAGGUUUGUUUCAUGCAGAUGAUCUGUGCUGUACCAAGGCCCAGUAUGAGCUAAAUAUGGCUUAUUUUAAACUGUGAAUCAUGCAAAGCUACUCUAAUGGAGUCUGAGAAAUACAACAUGAAGCUGGAAACAAAUAGGCCUGCUUUACUCAGUAGUAGAUGUGAGACAUUAUCUUUGUAUUGUGUUAAUGCCAAAAUAUACAGCAAAGAGCCACAUUUUUGUAAACCGCAGACACUAAUGCAUUAUGUUAACCUGUCUGACUGCUCGGUUCCCCUCCUCGGUGUUUGUUGCCCAUCUGCACCAUGACUUGUGACCGUGUGCUUGUGCUGUCUUUGUAAACCUUCACAUUUAAAAAACAAAAACAAUAAAACCUGAGCUGUUAAAUCUG